UCUGCCACCAGACGGACGGCUGCAGAGCAGGAUGAAUGACGGGGAGAAGGAGAGCAAUGGAGGAGGAGCAGGAGGAGGAAGAAAGGCCAGCAGCAAGAAGGAGAAAGACCAGAGCUGGGUUCCAAAGAUCAUCAAGAAGCGGGUGUGCACCUCGUUUGUCGAAGACUCUUUCAGUAAUGGAGCUCUGUGUCAGUGCGGCGGCGUGAGGGAUCUGCACGACUCGGUGGCGAUGGCCGACUGCUUCGGGGCGGCGAUCGUCAUGCGGUGGGACAGCAGGCAGCACUCGUCCGAGAGUCCCACCGACGCCUUCGGAGAGCUGGAGUUCGCCGGAGCGGGACGCAGACACAGCCACUUUCUGCGACUGUCAUGUGACACACCACCUCAGAUUGUCUACACCCUGAUGACGGCUCACUGGGGGCUGCCCUCCCCCAAUCUGGUGGUGUCGGUGGUGGGCGGAGACGGUCACGAGAAGAUCAAACCCUGGGUGAGAGACGUCCUGAGGAACGGCCUGGUGAGGGCUGCUCAGAGCACAGGGGCCUGGAUCCUGACGGGGGGUCUGAGGGAGGGCGUGGCCCGCUGUGUGGGGGAGGCUGUGAGGGACCACAGCGCUGCAGCUCCAGCCUCCUCUCAGAAGAAAGUCAUCGCAGUGGGACUGGCGCCCUGGGGUCUGGUUCACAACAGGCAGCAGCUCGUCAACCCGCAGGGCAGCUUCCCCGCUCGGUACUAUGUUCAGAACACGACUCGUGACUCCUGCUGCCUGGACAACAACUGCCAGGCUUUCCUCCUGGUGGAUGAUGGGAGUGUGGGCCGGCGCGGCGGGGAGACGGUGUUUCGUGCCAACCUGGAGGACUACAUCUCCCAUCAGCGCACGGGCAUCUGGGGAAGUGGCAGUAUUGAAAUCCCGGUGCUCUGCAUGCUCAUCUCGGGAGACUCCAGCAUGCUGGAGAGAGUGGACGUGUCCCUGAGGAAAGCCACGCCCUGGCUGGUCCUGGCCGGUUCCGGUCCUGCAGCAGAUCUUAUCAGUGAGCUGCUGCACAAACUGCCCCCGGUCCCCCUCAGCCCCGCCUCCACCGCCUCGGAGGGGGGCGAGAGCGCCGAGGGGCCCAGCCCGGAGCUGCGGGACUGGGUCCGGGACAGGGUGCGGAGACACCUGCCGGCCGAGGGCGAGCUGGAGAAGCAGGUGGACCGAGCUGUGAGCAUUUACCAGAACAGAGACCUCAUCACGGUUUUCCACGGGGAGCAGGACGGCUCCGACGACUUCGACACCGUUCUCCUCAAAGCUCUGGUUCGAGCCAGUAAGCGCCUGGGCGGGGAAGCCUGCGAGUGCACGGAGGAGCUGAAGCUGGCCGUGGCCUGGAACCGGGUGGACAUCGCCAAGGCCGAGCUCUUCAACGGAGACAUCCAGUGGAAGUACGACGACCUGGAGGACUCCAUGACGGACGCUCUGGUCAACGACAAGCCGCAGUUCGUGCGUCUCUUCUGUGAGAACGGCCUGAACAUCCUGGACUACCUGACGUACCAGCGCCUGGAGAGCCUGUACCGCUCGGUGUCCGACACCUCGCUGGCCUUCACCCUGCUGCAGCGCCGCCUCGGCGAGCGCCAGGCGCUGGCCGGCUCCCUGCCCAACGUGGACGCCGCCUCCACGGGUCUGCUGAAGACGCCCCAGAGCGAGCCGGCCUUGGCCAUGGAGCUCAGCCUGUUCGAGGUCUCCCGCCUGCUCUGGGACCUCCUGGGGGACGUCUGCCAGCCCUUCUACUUCGGGCCCCUGGGCCUGGACCCCAGCACGAGCACCAGGAAGGCUCUGAGGUACGUCAACAAGCUGCUGAUGGGGGAGUGUGUGUACCGGGCCCAGCGCUGCCUGUCGCCCUGGGCCGCCCUCUUCAUCUGGGCCGUGCUGCAGAACCGCAGUGAGAUGGCCACGUACUUCUGGGAGAUGGCCGGGGAGUCUGUGCUCAGCGCUCUGGGGGGCUGUAAGAUGCUGAGGGAGCUUUCUAAGCUGGAGAGUGAGACGGAGACCAAGCUGGCCAUGAAGGAGCUGGCCCAGAAGUUUGAAGACUUGGCUCACGACGUGUUCGGUGAGUGUUACCAGAACACGGAGAGCCGCUCCUUCAUGCUGCUCAUCAGGAAGUCUGUGGUGUGGGGCGGAGCCACCUGCCUCCAGAUGUCCACCGCCGCUGACGCCCGGCUGUUCUUCAGCCACGACGGGGUCCAGUCUCUGCUGUCUCAGAUCUGGUGGGGCGACAUGGAGCGCAGCACGGCGGUCUGGAAGCUGGUGCUCACCUUCUUCCUGCCCCCCCUCCUCUACACUGACCUCAUCGACUUCAGGGAGCAGGAGGAGGAGGUGAAGUCUGUGAUGGCUCCUCACAUCGGAGACACCGACAGUCUGGACGGGAACGACGGCACGGUGUUCUCUCUGGCAGACAUCAUACAGAGUGAAGAAGACGCAGAGGAGUUCAGGGCUCUGAAAGAAAAGAAGGAAGGUGCCUCCCGGUCUCCGUCCAGGAGACCCUUCCUGGUGCACCGCUGGAGGCAGUUCUGGUUCGCGCCCGUCACCUCCUUCCUGGGGAACGUGCUGAUGUACCACCUCUUCCUCUGCCUCUUCGCUUACGUCCUGCUGGUGGACUUCAAGCCGCCGCCCCCCGACGGACCCUCCGUGGCCGAGUUCGUGCUCUACUUCUGGGUCUUCACCUUAGUGUGUGAAGAGAUCCGGCAGACCUUCUUUGUGGGCAGCUCGUUUGUCACUCAGAGGAUGAAGAACUACAUCCAGGAUGUGUGGAACAAGUGCGACCUGACCGCCAUUUGCCUCUUCAUGCUGGCCCUGUGCUGCAGGAUGUUUCCGUGGUCCUAUGAUUUCGGCCGCUGCCUGAUGUCCAUCGACUUCAUGGUCUUCACUCUCCGUCUCAUCCACAUCUUCGCGAUCCACCGACAGCUCGGACCCAAGAUCAUCAUCGUGGGCAAAAUGGUGAAAGACGUCUUCUUCUUCCUGUUCUUCCUGGCCGUGUGGCUCCUGGCUCACGGAGUGGCCAACCAGGCCCUGCUCUACUCCUACGACUCGCGGCCCAACUGGAUCUUCCGCAGAGUGUUCUACCGACCGUACCUGCACAUUUUCGGACAAAUCCCCAUCGAUGAAAUGGACAUUGAUAAGAUGGAAAAGGAGAAGUGCACCACCAACACGACCCUGAUCGACGGCGGGGCGGAGCCGUGCCUGAGCACCUACGCCAACUGGCUGGUGGUCAUCCUGCUGGUCGUCUACCUGCUCUUCACCAACAUCGUGCUGGUCAACAUGCUCAUCGCCAUGUUCAGCUAUACCUUCUCCAAGGUGCAGGAGCGCAGCGACACCUACUGGAAGUUCCAGCGCUACAACCUGAUCGUGGAGUACCACUCCAGGCCCUUCCUGCCGCCGCCCUUCAUCAUCAUCUCCCACAUCCACCUCUUAAUCAAGAGAUACAUCCGCCGGAUCCCCUCGGUGAAGAGCCAACACUUCGCUCUGGACCUGCGGGGCAGGAAGGCCAGCAGACUCAACACAUGGGAGGCCAUCCAGAAGGAGACGCUGCUGUCUGCUCAGAACAAGAGGCAGAGGGAGAGCGACACGGCGCGCCUCAAACGCACCUCCGUCAAGGUGGACAGCGUGCUAAAACAGAUGGCAGAGAUCCGGGAUCAUGACCGAAGGCUGCGGCUGCUGGAGGCGGAGCUGGAGUUCUGCUGCAGCGCCCUCUCCUGGAUGGCAGAUGCUCUGACUCAGAGUGAAGUGAUCCGAGCAGAGCGGCCUGCUCCGCUCCUCCGAGGUGAACACACUCCACACACUCCACACACUCCACACACUCCUGCAUGCAUUCACAGUCAGCCUGUCAGACCCCACCGAGGGCUAAAAUCCCAACGCGUCUUUCAUUACACAGCUGCUUUGAAGCACAGUUGAAUUUUCUGUACAAAUAGAGGAGACUAACCUGUAAAACUCUGAGUAAACCUCCAGAAACCUGUCGUCUUCAGGUCAACAUGAGCUCUUUUCAAACCUUAAUGUGUCGUGACUUUACUUUUCUACAGUAUAAUUAUGUAAACGGAUUCACGUUGUGAUGUUGCUUUAGGAUAAAGCAGCGCAGGUCAGUAGGAGCCAGAGAGUUAAAGGGAGUAAGAAUGACCUCCAGACUGGACUCAGUCCUCCUGCAGUCAGCGCAGCUGGGUUCUCCUCAGAUUAUCGCUGGCAGAUGGGUUCUGUUAAACACAGCAGUGUUGAGGUGUUUCUGUUCUGCUCUCAUUCUUCUUUCUGUCGUCUGUUACAGAUCUGACUCCUCUGUCUCCAAGUUGACUCCUGGAACACACACACACACACACACACACACACACACACACACACACACACACACACACACACACACACACACACACACACACACACACACGUGUAAAAUUCUCUGACCGUGGGAUCAAGCGUGUAGUGGUUAGUACUCUGGCUGCACAGUAAAAGUGUCCCGGUUUGAUUCUGGGUUGAUGACUGUGGUUGAACCUUGGACGUCAGAGAGAUGGAACCACAUGGAGAUCUUUCAUUCAGACGCAGCUGAACGUAUCGGAGGAAAUGUUGUGAUUUCAUGCUGCGUAGUUUCAGGAUUUGAAGCAGAAUUAAAUGAGGGUUAAAAAGACUGUGACACUCUUCUGAUGUGAGAAUGGCGAUUUCAGGAUGUUUUACUGCAUGUGUACAGAAAACAAACAGCACUCUGUGUUGUCUUUUAUGUCUAACAUAUAUUCACAUCUAUAGGCCACUCAUUAAAAACACAGCACAGUGUUAUCUCAGAGCAUUUCAAAGUAAAACUUCCUUUUUACACAUAUAAAACAUGUUAGUGACUUAAACUCUUUCUCUCUUAA